CAUGCGCUUUUCUUUCACAUAAAGAACAAAACAGUUCGCGGCAGUCAUUUGAUCGUGCAGUUCGCGUGCGUGUGCCUUCAAUGGACUACGAUACAGGAUUGAAAAUAGCUUUAGGAUGGAAUCGCUGGGGCAUGGAAUUAAUUGGCAUCUGGCCGGAACCGUGUACGACUGGCGAACGACUGUCGAAGUUUAAAACUCUAAUUUAUUUGUCCAUUGUAUUUAUGUUUGGAGUUGGACCGCAGAGUGCGAAUCUAUUCUUCAUAUGGGGAGAUCUCGAGCUGGUGACAGAAAAUCUAUCGAUGGCUAAUAUACCCUAUAUAACCGCGAUGAUAAAGUCGAUCUUCAUCUGGUAUUACAAGGAAUCUUUCAAGUCCAUCAUGAAGUCCUUCUACGACGACUGGCACAGUGUUAAAACGGAGGAGGAAAAGUCAAUGAUGCUGAAAAUGGCCAAACUUGCGAAAUUCAUUUCUAUACUAUGCUCGUCAUCGUCUCUCGUGAUGAUCACUGCAUUUCUAAGCUUUCGAGUGGUGACUGUGUAUCUGGCCGACAGAGUGAACGAAAAUCAGGAUCGUUUGAGCUUGUAUCCCGGAUAUUUUCCUUUCGACGUUCGACCAGCACCGACAUUGAUAAUGGUCAAUUUCGCUCAAGUGAUCGCGGCGUAUUCAGCCACUAUUUGUUACACGACGGUCGAUGCCUUCAUCGCGAUGCUGAUCACGCACAUGUGCGGACAGUUUGCAAUAUUGAAGAAGAAAUUAUUAAAAUUGAUGGGCGACGACAGACAGUGUAGAAGUAUUGAUGAGUUUCAAAGGGAGCUGACUUUGAUUGUCACCAAGCACGAUCACUUGAACGGACUUGCUGCAAAGAUCGAAGCGUGCUUCAACAUAUUAUUGUUGCUUCAAUUAUUGCUCUGCACUGUCGAAAUCUGUUUCCAAGGUUUCCUAUUUAUCAACGCGAGAUGCUUCUCAUUCAAAAAUUAUAGUUUAGCGUUUGAACGUGUACGUGUAAAAAUGAAAUGCGUGUUCAACGUAUGUCCGAAAGACAAGGACAGUACGAUUAGAAAUCUACACUUCCGAGUACUGAGUUUCGUAGAAGAGACAGAAGAACUAUCUUGGAUGUUUCAGGGUAAAGAAAUGAGUGACUGCGCGUACGAGUCGAACUGGUACAACGUCUCACCCCCUGAAGCCAGGUGUCUUCUGUUCAUCAUGAACAGAUCCACUCGUCCACUCUGUUUGACUGCAGGCAAAUUUGGCACUUUCUCUAUGCAAAUGUUCAGCAGCAUUCUGAAAACAGCGAUGGGUUAUCUUUCGGUGUUACUGACAGUUACAAGUAACGAUUAAACCCCUUCAUUCGUAAUCUACAUAGAAAUCUUUCCUUUAGAGUAAACAUCCUGUGCAGUUGUACAACGUUGCUCGUUUAAAGAUAUUGUUUAAAGAUAUUUCAGCGAA